AAUGGCUGAGUUCAAACCAAGUUACAAAUACUAUAGCAACGGCCAGCGCCCCAUCUAUCUCCCCGAAGUAUUCGGCAAUAUUCCAGAUUGCUCUCCCAAUGUUGAAGAGCCCCAAACCACAGAAGAUUACAUCACAGAGCAGCCGCGGACAAAUAGUGAUGUUUUAGAGAAGGGCUCCCCACUAAUAGAAGCAGCUAAGAUGGGAAUCCUAGAAAUGGUGAAACAGAUACUCAACGCAGUGCCGGAGGCCAUCAAUGAUCUAGACUGGGACGGCAAGAAUGUGCUGAUGGUAGCAGCGGAGAACAGGCAAAUCGGCGUUUUUGAUUUUCUGAUUCAGAGGAAGCUCCCCGAAUAUGUCUUCCAUGACUUAGAUUGUCAAGGAAAUAGCGUCCUUCACAGUGCAGCAAACCUGAGACCUGAGCAGACAUGGAGCAUUCCUGAUGCUGCUUUGCAGAUGCAAUGGGAGAUCAAAUGGAUAUGAAAGACAUGCUAUGGUACUAAAUUUUCCUAUGUUUGUUUGCUAGUUAGUUCACAUUCUUUUCUUGGAG